AUGUUCCUUCCCCGACACUCACACCGGCUACCUAUACCUAUACCAAUCACCAUCUACUCACGUACAUUCUUCUCACUCUUCCGGCGUUCCCCUCUCCCCUCCCCUCCUUCUCCUCCACCUUCAACCCUCUUCCACCUACUCUCUCAAUCCCCCUCAUCCGCACUUAGGGAAAAAGCAGAUAGAGUCAAAGCUCAUUCUCUCUGUCCUGUAUCUUACGAACGUUAUGGUGAGCGAAUCAGACCUAAGUUUGAUUGUCCGAAUUGCGGUUGGCCUACACACGCUUCUGAGCAGAGAUGGAAUGAGGGAAGAUCCGAACAUGAGAGGUAUUGUGGGAGAUUGAGGGAGGUCAACGAGGAUGAACAUGAUUUGAGGAGUGGGAGAAAGAUGAAAGAAUUUGAGAGUAUGCCUGAAUGGCAACCAUAUGAAGCAGCGAUAAACUUCUCAUCAUGGGAUACUUUCUUCUUCAGCAGAAAUUUCCCUUCUAUCGAUAAUGAUCGAGCGAUAAGACAUGUUUCCAAGAUUCUCACUUACCCAAUCACGGUCGGCGCCAUUUUGCAUCAGAAUGGACCUUUCACUUCUGGUAAUGGGAGGAUCACUCGGGAAGGUCAGAGGAGUAUGGCUGCUUUCCACUCCAUCCUUCACCUUCCCCGAGGCGCAAUCACCGAAACCUCCCCCUCUUCCUCGUCAACCCCUCAACCUCCAUUCCGUAUCUUCCUUCUCGGCGCUCGAGCCGAAUCUACCCUUCCCCCAGAUCUCUGGUCUCAACUCACAUUCUUAUUCCCCCGCUCAUCACUCCAUAUCUACUUUAUCGGUCCUGAAGUCGGACUUCCUUUACUCUCCCAAAAUUCUCCUCGGCGGAAAACAAACUACGACUUCGAUCCUGAUGGUGGAUAUGGUGUGCCCAGUUAUACACUGAAUGUGAAUCCUCAACUCAAACUCACAAGCUUGAGGACAAAUUACGAAGAGGUUCAUAAUCAAUUCGGACCUUUCGAUCCUUAUUCCGAUGUCUUUUUCGCCUUUUCACCAGGAUUAGGUUUCCCACACCAACCUUCUCCGCAACCCGUGGUGGAAGAAAACAAUACAUCUUCCGAGACCGCAGGCAUAUACUCCACCCCAGAAUCAGAACCCGUUCCACCCUCCCCUCAAUCCACAGAAAUAGACCAACCUCUUCAACCCCUCGUACAAGCUCAAACAACAUGGAAAAGACCUCUUCAACAAAUACUAGGAACCAAAUGCGCCCUCUUCUUCACCGCCUUUUCACCCUUAGAUCUCCAAAGAGACGUCUCCGCACUAUUAGGUACCACACCGCCUUCCGCUCUCUCCGGACCGAGAGAAUACCCGGAUCACGUGGCUUUACCCACCAGGCCGAUAGACAGGAUCGACAAGGUUACCGAUGAAUUCGAGAUGGUGUUGACUCCGGGUAUCAAUCCGUUUGGUAGUAUUAAAUGGGAGAUUGCAGAGUGGGAUGUGAGAGUCGGGGUCAAGACGAACUGGGGUGUUUGGGGAAUAAGGGGGAAGAGAUAUGAGGUUGUGGAGGGGGAGGAGUAG